UCAACUGAGUGCCCCUAGCCUGCAACAAAUAUGGAUGCACAGUUUGCCCCUCUGCUUCUACUAACUUCAUUUCAUCUGCUUUUGCGCAUCUCGGCUCAUGAUUUCCUCUUGCCAGGCUCCUCUCUCUCUGUAGAGGAUAGCUCUGACAUUCUCCAUUCACCAAAUGGUGCUUUCACGUGUGGCUUCAAGAACAUUUCCCAUAAUGCUUUUGUCUUCUCCAUUUGGUUCACUAACACAGCUGAAAAGACUGUCGUCUGGAGUGCAAAUCAGCUCCACCCCGUGCACUCCUGGGGAUCCGAAGUCCUGUUAGAUAUGGAUGGAAGAAUGGUUGUAAAGGAUUACAAUGGGAAGCUUGUGUGGGAGAACGAUGUGUAUUCUUCAUCAAAUGCUGAGCAAGCUCAGUUGUUGGACACAGGAAACUUCAUCGUGAAGGGCCAAGGUGAUAUCAUUCUAUGGCAAAGCUUUGAUUCUCCUACUGAUACGUUGCUACCCAAUCAGAACAUUACUUCUGCUGUAAAGUUGGUAUCUGCUAAUAGGUUACUUGUUCAUGGGACCUACAGCUUUCAUUUUGAUGAUGAACAUUUACUUGCACUAUUUCAAGAUCUGAAGGAUACCUCUUUUAUCUAUUGGCCAAUUCCUGAUAAAAAUGUCUGGUCAAAGAAAGGAAACUCAUUUAAAGCCACUACAAUCGGGGUCCUUGAUAGUUCGGGGUAUUUCCUUGGAAGUGAUAAUUUGCAUUUUAAUGCUACCGAUUCGGGUCUCGGGAUUAUGAGGAGGCUAACACUGGAUUAUGAUGGCAACCUUAGAUUAUACAGUCUAAGUAUGCCAGAUGGAAGAUGGUCGGUCACAUGGAUGGCAUAUCUUCAGACCUGUUUUGUACGUGGUUUGUGUGGUAUGAAUGGAAUAUGUGUGUAUACUCCUGGACCUGCUUGUGCAUGUGCCCCUGGACAUGACAUCAUCGACCAAAGUGACCGGAGCAAAGGCUGCAUGCCGAAAUUCAACCUCAGUUGUGAUGGGAAGGAGAUGGAAUUUGUGAAGCUCCCCAGCACUGACUUCAUAGGAUAUGAUCAAAGUCAGAUUAGUUUAGUUUCCUUCCAUACUUGCAAGAAAAUAUGCUUGAAGGACUGCAGUUGCAAAGGAUUCUUAUACAGAGAUGGAAGCUGCUAUCCAAAGCCAUUUCUUGCUGGUGGUGUAUCUAGUCCACAGUUAUAUGGUUCAUUCUAUCUCAAGCUUCCUAAGACAUUACAGGUCUUAGGAUCAUCAAUUCCUCGCUCGCAACCUUCUGGUCCUAGAUAUGUCCCUAACUGUAAUGUCAAUGUAGAUUCUCUGGAUAAACCUAAGAGCAGUCAGAGUGGGUCGCCGUAUUCGUACUUCUAUGAAUUCUUAUCAGCAAUAUUUUGUGUGGUAAUAUUUGUGGCAUUAGGAUGCAUAUUUUGUGUGGAGGUAAUAUUUGUGGCAUUAGGAUGCUGGUUUAUGUUGAGAAGGGAGAGCAGGCAGUUAACAGGAGUAUGGCCAGCUGAGGUUGGCUAUGAAAUGAUAACCAACCAUUUCCGCAGGUACACUUACAAGGAGUUGCAGAGAGCAACUGGCAAGUUCAAGGAUAUGAUUGGGAAGGGGGCAUCUGGCCUUGUAUACAAGGGGGUCUUGAAAGAUAACAGGGCAGUAGCUGUGAAAAGGUUGGCAGACAUAAACCAAGGUGAAGAAGAGUUCCAACAUGAACUGAGUGUGAUCGCAAGGAUUUACCAUAUGAAUCUGGUGAGGGUUUGGGGAUUCUGCUCUGAUGGUCCACACAGGAUAUUGGUUUUAGAGUACGUUGAGAAUGGAUCGUUGGAUAAAAAUCUAUUCAGUAGCAAGGGCUCACAUAUCUUACUUCAGUGGAACGAAAGAUUUAAGAUUGCUCUAGGGGUUGCAAAAGGAUUGGCAUAUCUUCAUCACGAGUGCUUGGAGUGGGUUAUCCACUGUGACCUGAAGCCUGAGAACAUACUGUUGGAUGAGAAAAUGGAGCCAAAGAUCACCGACUUUGGCCUUGCAAAACUUCUGAAUAGAGGUGGGUCCAAUAAAAGUGUAUCUCGGAUCCAUGGAACUAGAGGUUAUAUAGCUCCUGAGUGGGUCUCUAGCGCCCAAAUAACAGCAAAGGUUGAUGUCUACAGUUUCGGAGUGGUUCUCUUAGAACUACUGAAGGGUGCUCGUGUUUCUGACUGGGCAUCAGAUGCUGACGAGGAAGUGGAAAUGGUCCUCCGAAGGGUUAUUAAGAUGCUUGCAGAAAAUCUGAUGCUGGAGGGCGGCGAACAGUUAUGGAUCGCUGGCUUCAUUGAUUCCAGGUUGGACAGCCAGUUCAAUAAUGUGCAAGCAAGAACGAUGAUCAAGUUGGCUGUUUCAUGCAUAGAAGAAGACAGUAGGAAAAGGCCCACUAUGGAAAAUGCUGUGCAGAUGCUUCUUUCGGUUGAUGAGGCAGUGUCAUAAUUCAGCAGUAUUCUACCAGCUAAAAAAAAGAGUUAUUUGAUAUAGUAGGCAGCAUCUAUGCAUAGUCUUAGAUCCAAAAAAAGAUAUCUAUGAUGUGUAUCCAUGCAAAUCAAGAACUGCAUGAGUCAUUUGUAUACCAGUAUGAAAUUUUGUAUUUGACCACACUAUACCAGCUUAUGUAGAGUCAUAACACCAAUACUUGUGCAAAACCUAUGCCAGUAUGUAUUGUAAGAAGUUAAGAUUUUGUGUGCUUGUGAUUUACCAUCAAUGCAAGAUAUG